AUGGCCGCCGGGAGCAGCUUCGGUGAGCCCCCGGGACGGCCGCGCGAGCCGUGGAGAGGCGAGCGGGGCGGGGCGGGGCGGACCCGGAGAGCUCGGACUCCCGGGAGCCGACUGGGGAAACUUCGGGGCGGCGACCAGGUGCGCGCCGCUCCCCCCACCCCCCCGCCCGCCCGCCACGUCCGCCCUCCCCGCCGCCCGCUCACCGCCUCCCGGGGAGCGCAGGUACCCGAGGGCGGUGCUCCGCUCCCCGGCCGGGCCCGGGACAGUCGCCGCCCCUUCCCCGCCUUUUCCUGCCCCGGAUCGCCGCCGCCGCCGCUGCCGCUGCCGCCGCCGCCGUGUCGCGGCGCCCCGGAGCGGAGGUUUGGCGUUGUUGUCAGCCUCGGGCGGAGAGAUUGGACAAGUGUUCUCCCGGAGGAGGAGGUGGAGGAGGAGGAGGGCGCCGCCGAGGACUCUCUCCGCAUCCCCCCCCCCCCCCCAACACCCCUGCCCCCCUCCGGCUCGGUCACUCCGCGCGGCGCGCCCGGCGCUGCCCGUCCCCCGUGCCCCGUCCCCCCCCCCCCCAGUCCCCCCGGCGGCGGGUGA